CAAGCGCGAGCUUGCUGCUGGAUCACUGGAUGCGCGUCGCGGCGUUAAACAUGACUGCUCUCAGUAAGUCCAUACCGCACAGCUGCUACGAGAUCGGGCACACAUGGGAUCCCUCAUGUAUUGCCUCCACACUGCAGGUGACAGCCGGUGCCCUGGAGGUCUCUUUCAAAAUAUAUGCUCCUCUGUAUCUGAUUGCAGCCAUCUUAAGACGACGGAAAAAGGAUUACUACAAGAAAAGGCUGGUUCCUGAGAUCCUGCAGUCCACGUCUUUCCUGACUGCAAAUGGGGGCCUCUACAUUGCAUUCUUCUGCAUUCUUCGGAGGUUGCUGGGACGUUUCUACUCCUGGUCAGCUGGUUUUGGUGCAGCACUGCCUGCCUCAUACAUCGCUAUACUAAUAGAGCGUAAAAGCAGGAGAGGACUUCUAACAAUUUAUAUGGCAAACCUGGCAACAGAGACAAUAUUUCGGAUGGCUGUCACUAGGGGUCUCGUUAAGCCUAUGAAACAUGGAGAGGUUCUUCUGUUCUGCCUGACUGCAUCUCUUUAUAUGUUUUUCUUCAGAUGUAAAGACGGACUGAAUGGCUUUGCGUUCUCUGCCUUAAAAUUUAUAGUUGGGAAGGAGGAGAUCCCGACACACUCUUGCCUCUCCGAGCAUACGCACGCACAAGGCUCAGAGAGAGCCGUGGUACCACUGGAGCAAAGACCAGAGCACACGCCUGUCUCUAGGGGGAGCUGCAUCAGAGCACUUACACGCAGACUGCUAGACUCAGUAUGCAAGCAUGGACCCAGACAUAGAUGUUGCAAACACUAUCAAGACAACUGCAUCUCCUACUGUGUUAAAGGUUUCAUCCGGAUGUUCAGUGUGGGUUAUCUCAUUCAGUGCUGUUUGAAGGUGCCAUCAGCAUUCAGACAUGUCUUCACCAAACCCUCUCGUCUGCUCUCGCUGCUCUACAACAAAGAGAACUUCCAGCUAGGAGCUUUCCUGGGAUCUUUUGUCAGUAUAUAUAAGGGCACAAGCUGUUUACUGAGAUGGAUGCGUAACCUGGAUGAUGAGCUUCACGCUCUUAUAGCAGGUUUUCUUGCCGGCAUCUCAAUGUUCUUCUACAAGAGCACCUCCAUCUCCAUGUACCUCUUCUCCAAACUAGUGGAGACACUGUAUUUCAAAGGGAUUGAGGCAGGCAGGUUUCCAUACUUCCCUGAGGCUGACACAAUAGUCUAUGCCAUCUCCACCGCCGUCUGUUUCCAAGCGGCUGUUAUGGAAGUGCAAACUCUGAGACCCUCAUACUGGAAGUUUCUUCUGCGGUUGACGAAGGGCAGGUUUGCUCUGAUGAACAGAAAAGUGCUUGAUACAUUUGGAACUGAGGCUUCCAGAAAUUUUGGUAACUUCACACCUAAACUGGACCCCAGAUAUGUGCUGUGUCCCAUGGACAUGGAUGUGCAGCUGGGCUGACGGACCUUGGGUUGCCAGUGAGAUGUCUUCCCAUAAACCAAGAAUGACAUGGCAAUCUCUCUCACGAUAUUGCACACACUUGCUCUCUAUUAUAUUCCCUUGCCCAGGAACUCUGUCAUUAAAUGAGAGGUGAAUGUGUGAAGGCAGUUAUAAGUUUACUUUAAUGAUGUGGAUAUAAAACAUUUUGUAAUGUAAUCACUGCAGGCAAGAUGUGUGCACAAUAUCAGCACUGGUUCAGUUGAAGAUAAUUUGAAGUUCAUAGGAAAAUAGUUGCUUGUUAUUUAAUAUAUCCUCAAGGGCACAAUGGUGACAGAGAAUGUGUUCACAAGAACUCAGAAAUUCCUGUAUGGUCCCUGCAUGGGAUCUGACCUGCAAUCUUUGUGUUUCAUAGUGUAUAGAGCAUUAACCAUUGGGCAUUGAGAACAAUUUUAUUGAAUGUUUUUUAAUCAGAUGUAUUGAAAUGUUCACACACUGCUGUUUACAACACAGCGUCGAGUACCUCAGAAGGUUAAACUGGGAUGCUUGAUUAUUGUUCGGUCAUUUUCAUUUCAAAUUCUGUCGUUUGGUUCGCAAAAUAGAGCAAAUCUGAAAUGAACUUUCUGUAUCUGCCAUAGUCACGGUAUGCGGGUUAAGCCAUCUAAAAAAAAAAAAAAAAAAAGGAUCUUACUGACAUCAGGGUUGUAUUCGAGCUCUUCUUUAUACUCAGUGUGGUCUUUGUCCUUACAGAUAGAAAUAUAUUGAGACAUUCUCUACAUCAGAAGUAGAGGUGUGAAAGUUAUUAGGGCGAAACACUUAUAGCCUACCCUUUUUUUUUGUUUUGUUUGGCAAUUAUUUGAAUGGACUUUCUUUUUCAGUAGCAGAACUUUUUUUAUUUUAUUUUUAUUAGCAAUAACAAUAAUACUUAAAAAGUAAAAUCUGACAAUAUUAUCAGAGUAUUGCUGUGUAUUUGAAACUGUAAUUUAUGUAAAAAAAGCCUUAUGUCUUUGGUGUUUGUAUAAAGGCAAAAGCUUUAUAUAAAAAUAA